AUGAUGAUCUAUUCAAUGUCACAUUAUAUUGUUCAACCUGCAACAACUACUCUAACAGCGACAACCACCACAUUAUUUAAUAAUCAACAACAAGAAUCAAAACAUUCUCGAGCACAAUCGCCUUCAUUCAUUCGAAAAAAAACUUUAAAACAAUUAGUAAGUCAACAACAACAACGUCAACAACUAUUACAUCAAAAUGACGUUAAAGAUCUUCGUAGUGAUCUUCAAAUUGAUUCUUCUUCAUCGUCUUCAACUUUUUCUUCUGCUUCAUCAUCAUCAUCAUCGUCAAAUAAUUCAUUACCAACAUCGACAUCCACGACAGUUAUUACAUGUGAUUUACUAAAUAUAAUAACAGAUCAACGUUUUAAACCCGUAUUCGAAGCUAUUGAUGAAAUAAAAAAACGUAAAUGUCGUCCAGAUUUAGAUCGUAUUAUUAAAUAUGUAACAAAACGUAAUAAUAAUUAUUUAAGAAAUGAUAUAUUAAUGAUCAUUGAUGAACUAUUAAAACUAGGUUUAGUAACAAAAAUAUUUCAUAAAGGCGGUUUUACAAUUCGAAUUAAAAAUGAUAAAUGUGCAAAAUUAAUUGAACGUAUGAAUAAUUGUAAUAUUCAAAAACCGGUCAUAUCGUUGCCAUCAUCCAUACAUUUAAUCGAUAAUACAAAUCAACAACCACAACAACAACAAAUAUUAAUGCAAACAAUAACCCCCACACAACUUGUUUUAAAUUCAAAUGAAGAAAAUACACAUACAUCAAAUCUAAUCGUUAUCGAACAAAAACCAAAUAUGAAAGAAAAUAAAAUUAACAGUGAUGAUAAAUUUUUAUUACCACUACCGCCAUCAGUGCCACCAUCUUCUACACCUAUUUCCUCACUACAGACAAUGAUAUCAACAAAACGAACACGAAAUAGUAAAAAAAAUACUAAAGUUAAAAAACAAAAAUUAACACAAUCCUCAUCUCAUUCAGAUACUGUACUUAAAUCAUCGUCCACAUCCACCUAUCAACAAUUAUCAUCAUCAUCCGUUCUUACAAUCGAAUUAAUACUUGGGUUAAAUGGUGAAAUACCCGAUGUACACUCAUGGUCAACAGAUGAUCUAAUCAAAUUUUUUAAAUUAAAUGGUUACGAUUACGCAUCUCAAAUAUUUAAGAAAUAUCGUAUCACUGGAAAUAGUUUCUAUUCAUUAAAUAGAGAAUUUAUAUUUAAAAAAUCAACAUUAAAAGUUGGCAAAGCGCUAAAACUUUGGAAUGUAAUUCAACAAAUACAACAAAAUCAAUCGUUACAUGUUUCUUAA